AUGCUCGCCAUCCUGCGGUUACCACAAUUCCUGCUCGGCUGGGGCAGAUACUACGGUCAAGUUGCCGUCAGACGAUACCGUCACUGGCAAGAGUCAAAAACCAAGAAGAAUACGCCAAGGCCGACAUCGGAUAUCUACGCCGGCUUACAAAAGCCAGCCCUAGGCAUCCCGUCCUGGCUAACAGCCUCAUCGCUUGUCGGCUUCACCGUUGCCCUCCUCUGUGUGGGCAUGACGCUGACAUACUACGCCGUCUUACAGGAGAGGCGAGUGUGGAUGAAUGCCAACGACUGGAGAAGGCCGUACUUACGCAGCUUGAUUGGGAGAGAACCGUACCCGGGGUGGUCGCCUAUGAAGAUUGAUCAUAGGUUUUGGUUUGAGCCGCCGCUGGAGUUUCUGUUGGGAUGGGUGAAUGACUACGUGGUACAUCCUCUUUUGUUUGGGAGUGAUUAUGGUGGUAGUACAUGGAGGAAUGGAACGGGGGUAUACGAUGCUGAUGGGACGCCGUUGAUGAUUAGAAGGAACACAAUGAGUGGGGGAUAG